AUGGGAAGCGAGGAGUUAAGCUCUUUUCGCCCGUCCUUUGUAGUCAAAGCGGAGCCGCUUGAUAACUCACAAUCGUUUGAUUAUACCAGUCUAUCUGACGCGGAGUCUACGGUCGUGUUUCGAAAUUACUACGAGGUGCGCACCGAUAGCGGGCACAUUAUGGAGAGAGCUAGCUCUGUGGAGUCGCUACAAAGUAGAAGCGGAAGCGAAAACGAUUUUACCACACGAACGGACAUCAGCGAACGUUCAAACCCGCGUGAAGAGAUGAAGAGCGAAUACUUUUCGUUCCCGGCUUAUCGGGCCGAUUGGAAAACAAGCGCGUCUGGCCAGGACGAGGAGGAUUCGGAGGAGGGGGAAAAUGAAGACGAGGGAAUUGAAGAAAAUCGGGAGAGCAGUGCGUCAGAAGACUUAGGAACAUCGACACCUACUAGAGUCCCUCUUGAAGCCCACUCUGUGGGAUCUACGCCUCGCGAUCAACAGAACUCACUGAGCGGGAGUCCCGUGAAUCGAGGGAGACAGGACAUUGUUAUUCCCGGAAUACCCUCAAAUACACAGAACGGAAUAAACAUAGUUUUUCAUAAGCAUUGCAAGCUUAAUAUGGACACAUCUGGGAAAUUUUAUGGCAGAGAAGGCUAUUCAAGCGAGGGAUGUCUUACACGCGUGGAAAGAUUCACGCCUGAAUUGCCCCCGUCUUUCGUGUACUCCACGAGAAGAGAGCCUAAGAUUACGAGUGGUAUUUGCGGCUCGCGGGAAGCCGAAGACUCACACUUACCGGAAUAUGAAGAAAAAAGCCCACCGGCGCGUUCGACCGUGUUAAUAUGCCAGUGGAUCCAGUAUGAGAAAAUGAUGAAUCAUGUUUGCGGGUUGGGGUUUUAUAAAAUCGAGGAUCUUGUAACACAUAUCACGGAAGUUCACCUUGUGUCUGCCACACCCGUCGGUUUCGUAUGUUGUUGGAAAGAAUGCAUGAGAAAUGGAAUGCCAUUUAAAGCAAAGUACAAACUCAUCAACCACAUUAGAGUCCAUACGGGGGAGAAGCCUUUUACCUGCAAUCAGCCUGGGUGUAGAAAGAGCUUUGCGCGUGCUGAGAACUUAAAAAUACACGUUCGCACGCACACCGGAGAGAGACCUUUCGCAUGCGAGUUUAAAGGCUGUGAUAAGAGAUUCGCGAACUCCAGUGAUCGCAGAAAGCACAUUCACGUUCACACUCUGGAAAAGCCAUACCGCUGUAAAUAUAUUGGCUGCGAUAAGAGCUAUACACAUCCGAGCUCCUUGAGAAAACAUAUGAAAGUCCAUGGCCUACGGUCUGAAGAACAUUUUAAAGUUGUUCAAAGCCUUGCCUACCCUCAUAAUAGGAUCCCCGCGGAUCGUAGAUUUGAUGGGGACUCUGUUGGCAGAAUCGGACUUACUUUAGGCAGCCCUCCAGGAAUUUUUCAACAGAGAACCGACAUAUAA